ACCACCACCACCACCCCAACCCCUCCAACCCUCCCCUCUAACACCCCCAACCCCAAAAAACCCCAUCCCAAAUUCCACCCAACAUUAACCCACCUCCUCACCCCCCUCCACCCCCUCAUCUCCAGCACCACCGGCCACCCGCACCCCGACUUCCCCACCAGCCUGCUAACCUACAACCUCCUCACCUCAUCCCAACUCGACGCCCUCGCGACACACUUCCAUCAGGUGUAUCCCCCGGUGCCGGCGACGUAUUGGUAUCCGGUGAGUAUACCGGCGUGGAUGGGGAGGGAUGGGGAUGGGGGUAAGGGGGUGGAUUUGGAGACGAAGAGGAGGCGGUUUGGAAGGUUUAUUGGGUUGAGGGGGUGUGAGUCGCCUACUUUUACUACUGGUGCAUCGGUUGGGGUUGGGGGGAAUGCAGGGGAUAGGGAAGGGGACGGAGAUGAGGCAAAGGAGAAGGAGGUAGAGGAAUCACCACAGGAGAUGUUGGAACGGAUGGAACGCGAAUGGGUACUGGGGUUGUUGAGGGCCAGGUUUGAGGGGGAUGUGGCGAUGAGGUGGAAGUUUGGG